ACUCCACAUUGUUAUCGCCUAAAUUAUUUGAAUACUGUAAGUAAGUUUAGUUUUCAGAUUUUUACCAUCAGAUGUAAAAGUUAAUAAAAAUUUUGAGAUUUUCUUUCAUCGUUACUUGCUUUUUUAUGCGCAUUUUGUGCCUACACGGUAUGGAAGAUGUUCGGAUUCGUCGUUGAGGAGCCUGAUUCGUGUAGGUUGAGGCACCGUCGAUGAACGAGGAUCUCACUCUGGAGAUGGAUACUGAAAAAUCUAAAGUGCAGAGAAGCACAUCGAUUCGUUCUUCCCAGAAUCCGUUUGACGAGGAUGAAUCUAACGACAAUCACUCUCAUCCGAGGACGCUGUCACGAGGCAGCAGCAUCGUCUCACACACUCCAUUCGAUGAGCCCGAUUCACGGCCUAUUUCCCGUUUAUCUCGUUCGUCCACCAUAACAUCCCUCGGACGUCAUCCCAGUUUGCAAGAGGACUUGCCACAGCGUGUGUUCAACUUCUACGAUACCAGCGUCAAUCUGCCCGCCGUUUUAAACGAUCCGCGCAAGCCGCGGCCGAUUGAUUUUCUCACGCGAACAUGGGGUGAAGGUUUCAUGGAGAAUUCCGUCCGCCCGUCGCCGCGCCUGGACGAAUACAGCAUCGACGAUUUCCGACCGUAUAUGCGCUGCAUUAAUGUACGAGAGGCACUCCUGAAAGGCACACGAUCCACUCCGGACAGUUUUGAUCGACGACCAUCGCACAGUGUGCGGAGUCCGCGUCCGACGUCGGAGAAUCCGCUGGAAAAUAUUCCCGCGGUGUAUCUGGCGCAGACACUGGAUUUGGAGAAUCCCCAGAUUUUUCGACAGAUUUGUCCAGUUUCAUUGGCGGAUCGGGAGGCACGGCGCUCCAUACAGGGACUGCGGGAUCGGUGCGCGCAGUGGUUGGAUAUCGUGGAGAGUGAAAUCGCCAAAACUGUUUCGCUCAGAGCGGAAGCGUUUUUCACGGUGGUCACCAGCCACGAUCUACUCCAGGAUCGAAUAGAGAUUUGUCAAAAUAAAGCGUCCUUAGCGAGACAAAGGCUGCAGACGACGGAGAAGAUUAUACAACCUUAUGUGCAGACAGUGGCACUUGCCCAGAAACGGUUUAAUUUAAACCGAACGAUGCACAAACUGCAAACCGUUCUGACGAUAAGCCAGACCCAGGCUACCAUCCAGAUGCUGCUAGCUAGCGGAGAUUUCGUCGGUGCGCUAGAUUUGAUAACUACGACGCGUGAUAUUGUUGGCAGCGAAUUAUCGGGCCUGCACUGUUUUCGCCAUCUCGGCACACAGCUGAGUGAGAUGGAAAAGUUCAUUGAUAAAAUGAUGAGCUUGGAAUUCCGUCGCGCUUUAUCCGCCCACUUAAACCGCUCAUUUGACGGUGAAGAAUCAUCUCAAAAAAUGCAGGAAGCCGAACGCUUUGCGGCGAUCGUAACAGGCUUACUCCGGCAAAGGCGUUUCAAUGUUGUUGAUUGGUUCCGUGAAGAGGCACUAUCCGCACUGCAGAUUACAAUGAAGUUUGCCAUGAUCAGCUCAACAGAAGAUCGGGAAGUGGAUGUUGACGAUAAAGAAGAAAUGAGCGCCGAAGAGGAGGGCAAGACGCUGCCGUAUCACCUGCUGAAAUCCCUAGAUUUUUCUGGACUGGUAGAUUUGUUUGUCAGAAUGCAGCAGCCACUCCGCGAGAUGUUGUUGCGGAUCCGUGCGGCACAUGACGUUAUUUACAGUUUGGAAUGUGAUAACCAAGAAUCACGAACCGGCGGAGUGGACGAUGGAGGCUUAACGGCUCUGGAUUUUAGCCGGUUACGAACACAGUUACAGGAGCUGCUGUUUGCCGUCGGAGAAGAAACCCAGGAAGAAAUUGCCAGAAUUCUCAGUAAAAGCCCUGGCUGGAAAGAUCUCAAAUUGCACAACGAUAGUUUGGCGUCGCUGUGGGAGAUUUUGCAACAUAUCAUGAAGGAUGGAGAAGAUAUCCUUGGCGUUAAAAUGACACUGCUCAAUGCGCAGCUGCAGAAGUUGGCUUUCGCCUUUGUGGGACGUUUUCAUGAGGAUCGCAGACAGAAGCUGACGUUGAUUUUGGACAGUGAAAGGUGGACACCAACUGAGAUUCCAGUCGAAUUUCAGUCAUAUGUGGAGAAUAUAAUUACUUCGCAGACAUUUCGAGUCAGCAUCCCGCGCCAUUCAUCCAACGAUUCCUUUGCUUUGAAUGGCAGCACAGAAGAUGCCCCGAAAUCGCCGGUGGCGGUUGUUCCAUAUCUGGAAAUCCAAGGCGAAUUUUUCGUUGUUGUUGGCACAGUUGUGAUAUUAUUGCGUAUGCUGGGCGAGUAUGCCGCACUCAUGGACCGAUUACCCGCUUCCAUGAAUAUUUCCGGUGACAUUCUUUUGAAGAUUGUUGAAAUCCUCAAGAUGUUUAAUUCCAGAACGUGUCAGUUGGUUCUCGGCGCAGGAGCCAUGCAUUCCGCUGGUUUGAAGUCCAUAACCAGUAAAAAUCUGACUUUGUCAUCCAGGUGUCUCCAGUUGAUUGGAUUUUUUAUUCCGAUUGUGCGUGAUGAUCUCAGCAAACGGCUUUCUUCAAAGCAAAAGCAUUUAACAAAAAAUUUUGAAACUCUAGCGCGGGAUAUCGAUACACAUUGCGAGGAGAUCGACAAAAAGCUUUUGCAGAUAUUUGAUGCACAGUUGAUUGGGAAUUUCGCCCGCUGGGAAGCAACAGUACCGGUGCCCUCGCAGGCUUUCAAGAAUAUAUUUAUUUAUGUGAAAAAACUGUAUGAUGCCGUUAACGAAAUGUUGCCACAAGCCCAUUUGGAACGGCUGUUUAAGAGUAUUUUUGUCUUGUUUAAAAGACGGCUUCGGCAGCAGAUUGCAAAACUGGGCAUUUCCAACGACGGUGGACCACAGCACGGCAUUGUUACCUCGGAAUUAUCGUAUUUCCGGAACGAAGUACGCAAUUUAACAAGGCUCGUGGAUUUAGAUGAGGAUUUUUAUGAUAUUUGGGAAAAGUGAUAGUCAUUUUUCUGUAAAUCUGUGCAUUUUCUGGUUUGUACUCGGUUGUUGGUGAAAUGUUUUAUUCUGAUGUUUUUAGCUGAAAAUUUAUCCAGACAGUAAAUCAAGCAAAGAAAUUAGUUGUGCUGUACAUGAGAAAGUGCACGUUUAAUAAUUGCGUCAAUAAAUAUAAAAACGCAG